AUGGUUCGGUUUCCACUGAAAAGCUAUGUUCCAUGUUUCUCAGUAGUGAAAGUAGAAGAAGAGUUCGAGGAAAGUUUUGUACACAAUUCUAUAGAAGAAAAUAAAAUUGAUAGUAAAAAGUAUGCUUGUGGAAGUUGCACGAGUGCCUUUGCUCAGAAGAAAAGUUUGAUGACUCAUAUUCGAUAUGCUUGUGGAAAGCCAGCUCGAUACCGAUGUCCCUAUUGUCUUCCAUUCGAGCAGCAUUUCUAUACACUACCUUCUUAUGGAGUACUAUUACCGCAGGAAUUAUCCACAUCACCUCGUUUUAAGUGCCCCUAUUGUGCAAAAUUGUCCAAAUUGAGGUCGAACAUGUACAAGCAUGUAAGAGGAAAACACCAGGGAAGAGAUGUUUGGGCUGUGGAUUUGCAUGAGACAUAA